GCUCUCCUCGGGAAGAUGGCGGAUGGCGGGAUCUCCCUGAAGGGGCUGCGGGCCCAGCUCGUUGCUGCAGCCCAAGCCCAAGCAGAUGAAAGAAGAAGCCAAAGUGUAACUAGUCCUGUCUCCUCUGACCCACCACCAGUAGUUGCAAAGGCACCAACGAAACCAGUAAUAGAUGGGUCUACUUUAAAGACUGUGGAAAGACAGAGGCUAGCCAAGGAACGGCGAGAAGAGAGGGAAAAGGAAAUCGCUGCAAGAGAAUUUCAAUUGCUAGAAAAAGAAAAGAAAGCACGACUUCAAUAUGAGAAACAAGUGGAAGAACGUCAAAGGAAGCUGGAAGAACAAAGGCAGAAGGAGCAGCAGAAGAGAGUUGCAGUGGAAGAGAAACGGAGGCAAAAGCAGGAAGAGGAAAAGGAGCACUAUGAAGCUGUAAUGCGACGCACCUUAGAACGGAGCCAGCGCUUGGAACAAAGGCAAAAAAGAUGGUCCUGGGGAGGAGCUCUAACAACUGAAAAGGAAAGCUCAAAUGGUGUUCCUGAACAUUCCUUAACUCCACCUUUAAAUUUGUCUGACUGCCCCCCUCCUUCCUCAGACUCUCAGGCUUCCACUGAAGAUGGUUCUGCUGUAGACAAACGUUCUACAUCCACUGCCAACCUCAUGAAACAGACACAGCCAGAGAUGAGCAAGCGUCUGUCUUCAUCCUCAACAACACUCCUAAACUCUCCUGACAAAAGUACAGCGGAUAAGAAGAGAAGCUCUUCAUUGAAUAGAUUGGCUAGUAACUCUCGUUCAUCUUCUCAAUCAGACAAGAAGGAAGAUCUGCAAGCUCGGCGUUCCCAGAACAAUCCCCUGGAGAGUAAUAUAAUCAGCCGUCUGCUGACCCCCACACAGUCCUCUUUAGCUAGGAGCAAGAGUGCUGCUGCUUUAUCAGAAGCUGGACAAAGUUCUGCAGAGUCUCAUCUCUGUCCUCGUUCAGCUUCAGCUAGACCUGUCAAUCCCCCCGUCAACCCCCCCAACAAGCCUCUGCGUAGCCGCAGCACUGACCGACAGAACUCAAUGCCUGAAGCCACAGCCAAAGACACGACAUCAAUUGAGGCCGUACAGAAACAAAUUAAGGAAAAACGUCCUUCAUCUCCUGCUUCAACAAGCCGUAGGCGCUCACCCUCACCAAAUUUGGCAAAGAGACCCUCAUGGCCUGCAAGCACAGGCACUCCAAGAUCCUCAUCGCCAGCCACAGGGGCUAGAAGACCAUCACCAUCACCAUCACCAUCGACCACAGCCACUCAGAGACCCUCAUCACCAGCCACAGUGACUAGGAGACCGCCAUCUCCAUCGAGCACAGGGGCUAAGAGACCCCCAUCGCCAUCAAGCACAGCGACAAAGAGAUCACCGUCACCUUCAACAGUCAAAUCAAGUCCAAAGAACCGCCCACCUUCUCCCAGCAGAUUCAAGCAGCACCCUCCAUCCCCCCCAUCCAUCCAAAAGCCUCUGCCCAUCCACCGACUCCCAGGUGCUUCCAUUACUGUGAGUGCCACCAAAAAGAAGAUUGAGAAGGAGGGAAAGCCAAAGCCAAAACCAGAAGUUGCGGGUCCGGAACACGAAAUCGGGCAGAUGUCGGAAAAAGAGCCCUCGACAACAACAUCGAGCAAAACCAAAGAUUCUGAGCAGAAACCAGGGACCACAUCUGCUGAGGAAGCUGCCAAAAUCUUGGCUGAGAACAGGCGUCUGGCACGUGAACAAAAGGAGCGUGAGGAGCAGGAGAAACUUCUGCUAGAAGAAGCUGAGAGGUGCAUGAAAGAAGAGCUGAAAAAGAAAGAAGCUGAAGAGGGCAUUCGCAGGGAAGAAGCAGCGCGUAUGGAAGAAGAAGAGAGAAAACUUGCAGAAGAGGAGAAUCAAAGAAAAACUGAAGAGGAAAGGAUUUGUAGAGAGCAAGAAGAGAAAGAACGUUUAGCAGAUCUGCAACUCCAGAGAGAAGAGGCCGAGGCAAAAGCUUUGGAAGAAGCUGAACGGCAGAGACUGGAACGAGAACGAAUCACGCAGCAGAAUCAGAAGGAACGUCUCGAGAGAAAGAAGAGAAUAGCAGAGAUUAUGAAGAGAACACGGAUGCCUGGCCAAGGUGAAUCAAAGGGGGCUGGAAGGUCAGAUAGUGGUGUGGCUGAAGAAAGUAGUGAGGAUGAACCCAGGAACGAGGAUGCGGAUGAAGUGGAUAGCACAGAUGGAAUUGAUGAGCUUCAAGAUAAUGUACAAGAAUGUGCCGAGUGGUCAGAUGAAGCUGUAGUAGAUGAGGUAACUGAGCUGAAUGGUGUUGACGAGACGAAUAACAUCAGGGACUGUUUGAACAAAGACCAGGCCGUGGAUGUAAGCUGCAUGCCAAAGGAAGACCGUGUUGUAUCAGAACUUUUACAUCUAAAUGAACAGGAUCAAAGUGUUGGCCAUCGGAAUGGAAAAGCGAGUACAUGGAUCUUUGAGGAUUAUAUUGACCUUGAUGUUUGUUCAAAGAACACCAAAUUAGCUGUCACUCCUUGUGGUGCUGAUGACUGUAACCAAAACUUGAUUGAUAUUGCUGGCAUUCCCGAGAGUCAUAUCAUUGCACUUGAAGAGAAUGGAGCAGUGACAUCCUUGACCAAACCCAUUGAGGAAACAUCAGGACUCUAAAUGGCUUGGAUUCCGAACGUCACUUGUGAUUGCACUUGCAUAUUCAGUAUUUUUACUAAGUGCUGAAGGCCUUGUUACAUGAAGCUGCUUCUAUGGAAUUUCCUCAUUUUUUCCAGAAGAAUUAACAAGACCAUAACAAAGGUGGCAUAUGAAGUGUCACCAAGGAUGCUAGUUUGCACCGUUCAAAGUUUCAGGGGCUUAUUCCUUGACUGCAUUGUGCUUUCUCUCAACAGCUGACAGUUCUUUUGAUUUUUAUGAUCUGUUUUUGACAGUGAGUGUAAUCAGUUAAGUUUCAUUCCUUAUUCUGUGUAUUGCCUCAUUAGAUAUUUGGACCAGCUUUAUUUUCACAUUAACUGAGUUUAGCUGUCAUUUCCAUUCUGCCUCGUGUGUACAUGCCAGGUAAAUGGUUCCAUCCCUCGAACUGCAGGUUAAGGAGUGCCUAUGGGCAUGUCAGUGUUUGCAGUUAAAUUGUCCCAGUCCUAUUUGGUCCUUUUUUUAAGAAAUUGUUACAAUAAACCAGCUGCCUACAAGAAGUGGUGGAGCUAAAGACAGAAAAACUGUUUAAUUAUGAUUCUGAGUUGUGAAAUGCAUUUCAUUUGAAUUGCAAAAUCAGACUUGUUUGUAAUGCAUGUUCGAUUUUGUGAUCUUUAAAGUGCUAAUAAUGCUCUGGCAGGAGGCUUUGUGCUUGUGGUAGAGCAUACUAGCUAAAAGAAGCACUCAGCCAAUUCCCCACCUCUCACUCUGGCCAUUAUUCUGCUUCUCUGGCUCUUCCUCUCUCUCACACGCGUGCUCUUUCUCUCUCUCUCUCUCUUUCUCUCCCUCUCUCUCUCUUUCUCUCUCUCUUUCUCCCUCUCUCUCUCUUU